UCAAAUAAAGGAACACUCUCCAUCCAGGAUGGGAUAACCAAAGAAACAGAGAGCCCAAAUGCAGCAAACAAGGCAGCGGCACCGGGUAGUCCUCCUCCCGCUGCCAUUGCAAGGCCACAUAAACCCUAUGCUUCAGCUCGCAAACAUCCUUCACUCCCAUGGCUUCUCCAUAACAAUCAUCCUCCACACCAGCUUUCCCUCUCCCAACCCUUCCAACUACCCUCACUUCACCUUCCUCUCCUUCCCCGACGGCUUGUCCCAAUCCGAAGCCUCCACAACCGACCUCUUAUCUCUCAUUCUACUCCUCAAUCUCAGAUGCAUAAACCCAUUUCGAGAUUGUCUUGUUCGCUUGAUUUCCGAUGCUGAAGAGGAAGAUCCUGUUGCUUGCUUGAUCUCCGAUGCUAUCUUGCACUUCGCUGGACCCGUAGCUGAUUGCCGCAAACUGUCCAGGCUUGUGUUGCGGACCGGCGGUGUGUCUUCGUACGCUGCUUUUGCGGCUUUUCCAACUUUGUUCGAAAAGGGUUACUUCCCAGUUCAAGAUUCCAGGCUGGAAGAGCCAAUUUCGGAGCUGCCUCCCCUCAGAGUCAAAGACCUACCGGUGAUCAAGACAUCCAACUUCGACUCAUAUUAUCAAUUUCUAACAGACAUGGUCAGACAAAACAAGGCUUCUUCGGGGCUCAUUUUUAACUCCUUUGAAGAACUUGAACAACCUGCACUCGCCACUCUUUGCCCAGACUUCCACAUCCCAAUCUUCCCAAUUGGCCCUUUUCACCGCUACUUCCCUGCUUCUUCUAGUAGCUUACUAACACACGACGAAACCUCCAUUCCCUGGCUCAAAACACAAGCCCCAAAAUCUGUUCUUUACGUGAGCAUUGGUAGUAUCGCGGCAAUGGAUGAAAAGGAAUUUUUGGAGGCAGCUUGGGGGCUAGCUAAUAGCAAGCAACCUUUCUUGUGGGUUGUUAGGCCCGGGUCAGUGCGUGGUCGGAAGUGGCUUGAAUCGUUGCCGAAUGGGUUCAUAGAGAUGUUGGGCGGAAGGGGACAUAUUGUCAAUUGGGCCCCUCAGCAGGACGUGCUGGCACAUCCUGCUGUGGGGGCAUUUUGGACUCAUAAUGGAUGGAAUUCAACGUUGGAGAGUAUUUGUGAAGGGGUUCCGAUGAUUUGCAUGCCUCGCUUCACUGAUCAACUUGUGAAUGCGAGGUAUGUAAGCCAUGUUUGGGGGGUUGGUGUGCAAUUGGAGAAUGGGUUGGAGAGAGGGGACAUUGAGAGAGCCAUUAGAGGACUGAUGGUGGAGAAAGAGGGGAAGGAGAUAAGAGAGAGAAUGCUACAUUUGAAGGAGAAAGUGAAUCUUUGUGUGAUGCAAGGUGGGUCUUCACAUGAAUCUCUACAGAGAUUAAUUAGCCAUAUCUCAUCAUUCUGAUUUUCAUUGUCUCGUACUCAAGAAAUCCUUAUUUGAUGAGCAUUGGUGAUGGAUGAUUGUUAUUGUGGGUUGUUUUAGGAAGUUGAUAAAAAGUUGACUUUUGACUUUUUAUCAAAUUUUUUGACUUUUUUAGAAGUGAUUUAGGAAGUUAGUAAAAAGUUGACUUUUUGCUUUUUA